AUGGCUACCCUGCUGCGGAAAAUCGGGCUCAUCCGGAUCCACAACAGGGACACCGAGGACCCCAAGCAUCACCACCACCACCAUCACCACCACCGUCGCGGCAGCAUCCAGCAAGGCUCCUCGCUGCGGGGCAAAAGCAACCAGAAGAAUAAGCAGCAGCAGCAGCAGCUGCAAGGCACGCCGGCCAGCGGCUGCGGGAGCCCCGGCAAGGAGAGCUGCAGCAGCAGCCGAGGCAGCAGCCCCGCGCGCAACAAGCCCAAGAAGGUGCUGGAAGUGGCCAAGCAGCAGCAACAGGCGAGCCCCGACGGCGCGCCAGAGAAAGCGCAGCAGCAGCAGCAGCAGCGCGACGCCAAGGAGGCUGGCUCGGGCAAGGACCCGGCGUCGGGGGGCAGUGUUGGGCGCUCCAGCACCCCGGCCUUGGUGCCGCCGUCGCUGGUGCCAGCCAGCCGGCAGGCGCACUGCACGCAAGUGCGCACCCGACGGCUGAUGAAGGAGCUGCAGGACAUCGCGCGCUUGAGCGACCGCUUCAUCUCGGUGGAGCUGGUGGACGAGAGCCUCUUCGACUGGAACGUGAAGCUGCACCAAGUGGACAAGGACUCGGUGCUGUGGCAGGACAUGAAGGAGACCAACACUGAGUACAUCUUGCUCAACCUCACCUUCCCGGACAACUUCCCCUUCGCGCCGCCCUUCAUGCGGGUGCUCAGCCCACGCCUGGAGAACGGCUACGUCCUGGACGGCGGCGCCAUCUGCAUGGAGCUCCUCACCCCCCGGGGCUGGUCCAGCGCCUACACCGUCGAGGCCGUCAUGCGCCAGUUUGCUGCCAGCCUUGUCAAAGGGCAGGUAAGGAAGGAAGGGGCUCCUGGUGGGGGGGGGGAGUCUUGGGUGGGGGCUCUCUAGGCUGAGAAGCAGUGGGUCCUGGCCCACUGAGAGGCCUUGGGUGGCACCCAGCCUGGCUGUGGUUGAAACAGCCCUGAACCUCUCCCCCCUGCUAAUAUUUGGCCAGCUGGCUCCCUCUGUGACUCUGGUCCCUUUCUCUCGCUGAGCUUUGGCGUUGUUCUGGAGCAAAGGCCUAGGCUUGGCUCAAAUCCAUCUCCUCCUGCGCUGCCAUUUUGCUGCACUGCAUUAGCCACGUGGCUGAAUACCAAACCACACAUGAUGUGGGCGAUCUGUGACUUCCCAACUUUUGCCUCUUAGAUAUUAAAGGAGGUGUAA